GUUGCAAUGGGUGCCUUUGACAAGACAAGACCACCAGUUGCAGCCGGAGCUGUAGGCCUAGCUCAGCGAGCCCUGGAGGAGGCUACUAAGUACUCAAUGGAGAGGAAAACAAUGGGCAGGUACAUCUGUGAGCAUCAAGCUGUUGCAUUCAUGCUGGCUGACAUGGCAAUCGGCAUUGAAGCGUCCCGUCUCCUCACAUACCGGUCGUCAUGGGAGAUCGACCAAGGAAAAAGGAACACUUACUUUGCAUCAAUAGCUAAGGCGUUUGCGGCUGACGUGGCAAACAAGGCAGCCACAGAUGCAGUGCAGAUCUUUGGUGGUAAUGGGUUCAAUAGUGAAUAUCCAGUAGAGAAACUAAUGAGGGAUGCCAAGAUCUACCAGGUAAUCACUUUAAUAUCAAUCA